ACAAACACAACAUAACCUACAAAAAUUUAAAAUUGAACUUGCACUAUAAUUCAGAAAAAAUGGAUAACGAAUCGCUUACAACAAAAAUAACACCUGAAUCAACCACUACUACCAACAAAUCGAGAUUGGGUUUUUGCGAAGUGUGCGCGUUUUAUAACGCGAAAUACACGUGCCCCAGGUGCGAAUUAAAAACGUGUUCGCUAAAAUGCAUCAAGAUUCACAAAUUAGAAUUGGACUGCAGCGGCGACAGAGACCGUACGAAGUACAUUCCCUUGAACAAGUUCACCAACUUAGAUCUAACCAGCGACUACAGAUUAUUAGAGGAAGUAUCCAGAUCUCUGGAGAAUUCCAGGAAACAUUUUCGCGGAAUCCGUUGGAAUAACAUACCACACAGAUUAAUACGAUUGAGAAACGUUGCGAAAUCGCAGAAGAUCGAAUUGAAAUUUCUACCGCCGAAAUUCGCCAGGCACAAAAACAACGCGACCUAUUUGAAAUUGAACCGGAUAUUUUGGCACAUCGAAUGGGUUUUCGUGAACUCCGAUAACACGAUACUCCACGAUUCGAACGUACCCGACACACAGAAAUUGUGUUCUACAUUAGAACGACACUUAGAUGCAAACAAUGAAGCUCUAGCGGAGAAGCUUCAGUACUAUCGAGCAGUCGGUUUAUCCGGGAUUAAGCUCCUUUUAAAAGCCGAACAGAAAGGGGGAAAGAAGUUCUACGAAAUAGACGGUAAUGUGCAGCUAAAAGAAAGCUUGCAGAAGAAAAUUAUUAUCGAAUACCCAACCAUUCACGUGGUGCUGAAGGAUCAUAGUUGUGGCUACAAUAUAAUCGAUUCGGAUGAUGAUGAAGAAAUCGAAGAAUCGAACAAACAUGUAAAAUCAGGACAUCAAAUUGUAAAUAGGAUAAUUAACAAGGCGGAGGAAGAUGAUGCGAAUAAAUCGAGUAAAAACUUUUUGUUUGUUAACGAAUAUUCCGAUGCGGAAGUGUCUGAUGAUGAUUAAGUUUAAUAAAGAGGCUUAUCGAAGGA